AUGUCCUCCAUUGGAGCUCAACGAAGUAAGAGGGUCACCCGAAGCGUGCUAGCAUCAGAGAUCUACGGCAUGGUCAACGGAUUCGAUAUUGGGAUAUCACUAGCAACGACGAUACGGAAGAUCACAGACCGCCUCAAUCUUCCCUAUCCCCUAAUCGUUUGCACCGACUUUUUCCUCUACGAGUGCCUCGUUAAGCUAGGCACAACGAAGGAGAAGCGAUUGAUGAUAGAUAUCAUGGCCUACGUCAAUCCUACGAAAGGCGAGAUCACAGAAAUCCGCUGGAUUAACGGCGCAGACAACCCAGCAGAUGCUAUGACAAAGGCAUCGCCUAACCGCGCCCUCGAACGCCUCGUCGAUACGAAUAGCCUUACGAUUAGGAUAGAAGGAUCAGUCGAACGCCCUCCCGCCAGCUGCCGCUCGAACUGUCACUCUUUCGCACCUUGCGGUUGCUGCUACGCUCCCGCACCUGCUGCACUGCUGCGAUUGCAGCGAUGA